AUGACUACCAAAGGUUUUCCACCCGAUCAAAUCUCAACUGAUAUUGCAGUGAUAACCCUUUGUGCUUGUGGCCGCGAAGAACACGCCAUUGAACUGAUCAAGGAGUUGUCGACCAAGAAUUGUCCGCCUGAUACUUAUACCUACAAUUUUCUGGUGAGGCACCUUGUCAAGAACAGGUCUUUGGGUACAACGAAUUGCUUUAGAGAGGAUAUGCGGGAGUUCAAUAUAAAGCCGGACCUAGUGACUUAUACUAUUAUAUAUGAUUGGGAUGUUUACGGAAAGAGAUGCAUUGGGAGCAUUGGCUUUGUUGGAGAAGAUGGAAAUGAAGGGAUGAAUGGCAGAGUUGCAUAUGCUUAUGAAGUGUUUGGUUAUGCGGCUGAGAGCAAGAGCUUGACUGAUGUUACUGCAUACACGACAUUAGAGAAUACACUUAAGUGGUUGAGGAAAGCUAGGUAA